UUCACGCCAGCCAUAUUGCUUCCUCGUCCUGGCUGAAGGAGAGAGGGGAGAUGAAGGGGAUUCGGGGAAUCAGUCAGCUGUCGAGACGCUUCCAUGCGGCUGCCAGAACAGGCCAGUCCCUUUCCCAGCCCCUGGCUGGCAUCAAGCUCUCUCCAGGGGCUGUCCACUCCUACCAGGACGUCCAUGUGACCAGACUGCCCAGUGGACUGGUGAUCGCCUCCCAGGAGAACUAUUCUCCAGCCUCCAAGAUCGGAGUGUUUAUCAAGGCUGGGUGUCGUUAUGAGACCCCUGACAACCAGGGGGUCACCCACCUCCUCCGGCUGGCCUCCAACCUGACAACCAAAGGAGCUUCAGCUUUCAAGAUAUGCCGUGGUGUUGAGUCAGUGGGAGGCAGCCUGAGUGUCACUUCGUCCAGAGAGAACAUGGUCUACACCGUUGACUGCUUGAGAGAUGAUUUUGACACUGUGAUGGAGUAUCUGAUCAAUGUGACAACAGCCCCAGAGUUCCGGUCGUGGGAGGUGUCAGAUCUGACUCCCAGAGUGAAGCUGGACAAGGCCCUGGCUGCACAAAGUACUCAAAUAGCUGUGGUUGAAGGUCUGCAUGAUGCUGCCUACAAGAAUGCUCUCUGUAACUCCCUGUACUGUCCAGACCACAUGGUUGGCAACAUCCAGUCUGAACACCUGCACCACUUUGUCCAGAACAAUUUCACAAGUGCAAGGAUGGCUCUUGUUGGUCUUGGCGUCGACCACACAGUGCUGAAGCAAGUUGGGGAGCAGUUCCUCAACAUCCGCAGUGGGGCAGGAACCACGGGGGCCAAGGCUCAGUAUCGUGGAGGUGAGAUUCGUCUGGCCAGCACCAGCAGCAUGGUCCACUCUGCGGUGGUGAGCCAGUCAGCAGCAGCGGGCACCAACGAGGCUCUGGCCUUCAGUGUCCUGCAGCAUGCACUUGGAGCUGGUCUGCAUGUCAAGAGGGGCUCAGGCACCUCCAGCAAACUGGUCCAGGCUGUUAUCAAGGCAACUGCUGACCCCUUCGAUGUGAGUGCUUUCAAUGCAAGCUACUCUGACUCUGGUCUGUUUGGGGUCUACACCAUUUCCCAGGCUGCAGCUGCUGGUGAUGUGAUGAAGGCCGCUCUGGCCCAGGUCAAGGCUGUUGCUGAUGGUGGAAUCACAGCUGCUGACCUCACUCAGGCCAAGGCUCAGGUGAAGGCGCAGUUCCUGAUGUCUCUGGAGACUUCAGAGGGUAUGCUGGAGGACAUGGGCGCCCAGGCUCUGGCCGGCGGAUCCUACUGCCCCCCCGAGCAAAUCUCCAAAAACAUUGACAACGUCACUUUGACCGACGUCGCCAACGCUGCCAAGAAAUUUGUGUCCGGCAAGAAGACUAUGGCGUCCAGCGGCAACCUUAUUAAAACUCCGUUUGUGGAUGAGCUCUAGAGCGCUCCACGUCACCUCGUACUAUACCAAACUCUGAUGGCCAAGCAGAGAGAGCAAAGAGUUUGCUUCCUUACAUUUUGACAAAAGCAGAAAGGUCAUCAUCACCUUUUAAAAUUCUGUUCUUAUGAGCAUUAUAAUGUCGUAACAUCACUGAGAAUUUCCAGGUGUUUGAACAGUGUAUUUUCAGGUGAUGCUCCUCUGACGCAUCACAAUGUCUUGCUCCACUCAUCUGUCCACACUGACUGUAUAGCUAAUGUAAAAUAAUGAAUAAAUUCUAUCUACCUGACACAGUUUGGAAGUGUUUUGUUGUGGUGUUCUCUGUCUCGCAAAAUAAAAGAAAUGUUGGA